GCGCUCUUAAUGAGGACCGGGCGCGCGCGCUGUUCACUUCUGAGGAGCGGGAGCUUCUGUUCACUUCUGAGGGAUCAAAACUGCGUCGAGGAUGAACGCUCCGUGCGCGCGCUGCGGGAAAACCGUCUACCCCACCGAGAAGAUCAGCUGCCUCGACAAGAACUGGCACAAAGGCUGUUUCCACUGUGAAGUGUGUAAGAUGACGCUCAACAUGAACAACUACAAAGGCUACGACAAGAAACCCUACUGUAACGCUCACUAUCCCAAGACGUCGUUCACGAUUGUGACGGACACGCCGGAGAACCUGCGUCUGAAGCAGCAGAGUGAACUACAGAGUCAGGUGAGAUACAAGCGAGACUUUGAGGAGAGCAAAGGCCGAGGCUUCAGUAUCGUCACAGACACACCGGAGCUGCAGAGACUCAGAAGAACACAGGAGCACAUCAGUAACGCAAAGUAUCAUGAGGAGUUUGAGCGCUCGCGGGGUCGAGGCGCCACACACACCCUCGAUGAGCAACACAUGGCACGUCUCCAUGGAGACCAGCUGAUGGGCGCCAGCGACGGUUACCAUGGCGUCCAGCCUCAGGUGGUUGAGAUGGACCGUAGAUCAGCAGGAGCCACUGGUGUGUUCCAGCAUCACUCCCAUCAUGCUCCGCAGCACCAGCAGGGUCACGCUCACAUGCAGGCCGUCCGCAGCGUUCGCUCUCCUCCACACACGCAGAGGGUGUACCGGGCGCUGUAUGAUUACGCCGCUCACGAUCACGACGAGGUUUCCUUCCGCGACGGAGACGUGAUCGUUAACGCACAGCCAAUCGACGAGGGAUGGAUGUUUGGCACGGUCCAGCGCACCGGAAAGUCUGGCAUGCUUCCGGCCAACUACGUGGAGUGUUUGCACUGAGAUCAUCAUUCACACAUGAACACAGCGUCUGUCAUCACUGAUCAGACAAACAUCUGAUUAUACUCACACCAAAGCUUGCUUCUGCCACAGAUAACAAUUUUUAAAAAGGUAACUGCUUUUUUAUAUGAAAAGUUUAUUUGCAAAAACAGAUAACUCAUGUUUUUUGUUAUGUUUUCAUUGUUUUAUUGUGUUAGCUGUAUUUUUAUUUAGUUAUUUUGUAACCUGAUCAAAAUAACCCAACUGCAGUUUGAUUGAGAUUAAUUUGAAUACACUAAGAAAAAAUAUGAUUUUUGAAAAUAGUUAAAAACGAAGUUAUCUGUUUUUGCAAAAGAACUCUUCAGAUCUUUUUUUUCUUGCAACUGAAAGUUUAAAUCUCUAUUUAUACUUUUUCUCUCUCAGAAUUGAGAUAUAAACUCAUAAUCUUCAGACAAAAAGUCAAAAUAUCUCACACUUCUGAGUUUCUAACUACACUUUUUUCUCACAAUUGUAACUCUUUGUCUCUGAAUAAUGCAGAAACAUUUUAAAUUGUCAGUUACUUUGUAUGAUUUUUAUUCUGUGGCAGAAACAAGCUUCAUGAGAAUCAGAUGAAUUAAUAUCUGAUCGAUCUGAGGUUAAUAAUAAUCCAUAAUUAUAUAAUUGAUAUUUGAAUGAGGCUAUAGACACACUGAUGAUCUGUUUAAUGAUUCAUGUUCUUCAUCAGUGUUAUGAUGCCAUCACACAUUACUGGGACUAGUUCUGAAGCAAUGUUAAUUCAGGUUGUUCGUUUACUAAUCAGUUCAGUUUCUGGAGCUUGAACAGGUUGAUGAUGUUUUAACAUACGACUGUUUGUCAGCAGUCCAGAUCUGCACAGAAGCCAUGUGAUGUAGAAAACAAUCAUCUACUGUAUGUAGAAACCACUCUUUUUCUAAUGUUUGAUUUUUAAAGUGUUCUGAAGAGGAUUAAGGGUAAAUGUGACUAGCUUUAGUGGCUCACUGUUCUGUUCAUCACAUAGACGUGAUGUUCGCUUUAAUUAAUCACACUAGUUUGGUUUAUUUACUGGAGUAACAUGUUGAUUUGUCAGCAAACAGGCGUUUGAUCAGCAUGAACGGAGUCUGAUGUGAUCAGUGUUAGGGUUAGGGUUAGGUGAGCUCAAUCACUCACAGAGGAACCGAAUAGACAAACGAUUCAUUCGUUCGUUCAGUUGUCUACGUGAUUCAGUUCAGAUCUGCUGAUACAAUCAUCUUUAGACUGUAAACAGCUGCAUGUGCUGACAGACAGUUAGAGCUCUGUCAGGUCUUCAUUUCUACUGAUUGCACUGAUUCACAUAGUCUGAAUCAGUGAUUCACCGCAGAACAGCUUUUUAUGAAUCGGGGUUCUGUCAAAUUUUAAGAUGAGUAAAGUACGUGAUAAAUGCAUAACACUGGAUGCAUUAUAAGAUAAAUAUCAGCAGGUUGUGAGUGUGAUUGUAUGUGUAUGGAUCGCAGGAGUAUGAUGGGAUCGAAGGUUUGAAGUGUUUUAUUUACUUUAUUAUAAAUCCUCUCAUUUAUCGUCACUUUGACCUAUUUACCCACCUCACUGUCUUCUGUUAACAUUAUAUAACUUGUAGUGUUCUACAGUUAUUGAUAUUUUAAUUAAUAAAAAGCUUGUU